AUUCGGGAUCUCGAGCCCUCGACCCUUUUGGGUUUAGGCUGUGGAUCUUGACCCGAGAACCAUUUUUCAACCCGACUAGCUCCGUUGCUCUUCGUUCCGAGGGUUACGGUCUCGGAAUCGCCACCCUUGCUCCUCCCUGCGCUCAGAUAUCAGUUUCAGACUCGAUUUUUUAGUUCUCGAGGAACAGACGACACACAAAGCUCCUUUCUUUUUCAAUAAAUUAUCCACCCAAUCCAAAAACCCACCACAAAUUCAACCCCCACAACCCUAAUCCCCAUUCACAAUUCUCCUUACGUGACAAGAUCCAAUCACUCCAAGUUUUGAUCUGGAUUGCGAUCUCUGUUCCGAGGGGCUGCAACUUUCUCGGGAAACAAACGGGUUUUCUGGAUUAGAUUGGGGGCUUCGGGUUUUCUGAAAAUGUAGGAAACUGCGGGAAAAUGGAGGGGAUUGGAGUAUGGGAUGUUGGGGGUUUUGAGUAACUUGGGAUCUGAGAAAAAAAAAAAGCUGAAUUCUUGGGUUGUGAGUUUUUCAGUUUUGAGAUUGGGAGCUUAAAACAACAGAAAGAUGUAAAGGAUCAUGGUGGGAUUUAAGAAUAGGUAUAUGGUAGUGGAGGUUAUCUUGGAUCCUAAUAGAGAACUGGUGAGAAAAGAUCCUGUUAUCAUUACCUCGUACAAUGUUACGAAAGCUAUCCGAGACAGCAUCCUAGUAAAUUUUGGGGAGUGCGGUCUGGCUUCGUCACUUGGAUCAUUCCAAGUCAAGUAUGUGAAUGACAUUACGAGGCUGUGUAUCAUUAGAGCUUCAAGGGAUGAAUAUCAGAGAGUAUGGGCUGCAACUACCAUGGUCAGGAGUAUUGCAGAUUGCCCGGUUCUAUUUAAUUUGUUGGACCUAAGUGGAAGUAUCAAAGCUUGUAAAGAAACCGCAUUGAAGUGUGAUGAAUCAAAAUUUGAACAGCACAAGCUUGUUGUUGGAUCUAAUCUUUCGGCUCAAGAUACUCAAAAAAUGCAGUACUAUCUUGACAAGAUCAAAGGCCUCGAGCACUAAAGUUCUACCGCACCUAUGGAAUUUGGUGAGCCUCACAAGCUUCAUGUCCUGGUUCCAUCGGUACUUGAUGUCCAUUACUCUGCUGACUCCGUGGCUCCUGUGGAAUUCUAAAGGUUAGAAAAUCUCAAAAGAAAGGAAGCUUUCAGGAACCUCAAAUUUUCUAACUGCAAGUAGUUGUGAAAAGGGUAUGUAGAUGUAAAACCAAGUGGUGGAUUAGGCAGAGGAAGUAUUUGAUUUGGCUAUCUAGUUAUUUCGGAAAUAUGUUUUGUCAUGUUAGUUUGUAUUGUUUACUAGUGAAGGGGGGAAGUUCGUGUAUCGCACAUACACGGUUUUUGUUUUGGUCAAACGCACGUACUCCCUGCGGCGUAUAAGAUACAUUGGAGGCUGGGAGCUACCAGAAUUUUCACAGUUUUGAUGACUAGCAAGGAAAAAAUUCCGUUGUGUCCAAAAAUUCUCUUUCUUAUACAUCAAGUAAUUACUGUUUCAUGUUUAAGGUAUCUCUGUGCAAAUUCCAUUUUGAUACCUUAGGGCAUUCUUUUCCAAGCAUCAACGAUGUCAUCGGGACCCCGCCACAAAAGAUAGUUAAAUGGUAUCACAUCAGCCAUAUGAUUUGCCACAUUUAACUGCGUGUUUUAGUGGUAAAUGACACAAAGUUAGGUCCUAAUUGGGCGCAGAUUCUAGCAUACAACCGAAGAUAUGUUGUUAGGUGACGAGAGACGAGGGGUUUUAUCUCCAGGUUUACCCACACUUGGCCAGUUGUUCCUGCCCAAAUCUUGAGAUUUUCGAGUGCUUUUGUGUAUGGCAUUUUUGGGUAUGCUCCGAGUAUGCUGUACACUGAGAUUUUUGGCCGUGGUAUCGUUGAUUAAUGAUCCAAUGAUCAAGAUCUUAACGCUUAUAAAUUCCGGUAUAUAAGAUACUAGGGGGGCGUUUGUUUGCCCUCACUAAACUUCCUUGGAUUGGACUGGCUUAGCUGGGAUUGCUAGCCAGUGUUUGAUGUGAACAAGGAUUACCAUUAAUGAGACUAGGUCGGACUCGCACCGACUAAGUCCUUCAUUAGGUAGUCUUAGUGAGGACCCCCAAUAUGUAUGGGAUUGCUAGUCCCGUCCUCAAACCUAUUCUGUUUGCCCGCUGCAUCGUCUGCAAAACCCUUUAAUCACCGCUUAGAUCUGAAAUAAAGCUCCACCUACCGGCCAAACCUCAAAAUCGAACCACAAAAAAAAAAAAAGGCGAAAAAAUAACAACAAAAUCCAACCAGAAAUUCAAAAUCCACCCAUUGCCAGAAAAUUAUGAGAUGACUUUGUAGGCG